GCGGGGAUCUCACUAGAACAGCGAAAAUGAAUUUUACGUCAUUAGUAUACUUUAUAACUAAGUUGUUAGCUGUCAUGGGCGCCAGCAUAGAUAGAGAAGUAAAGAGGAGCUUCACGGAUCUUGGCUGUAUGGGCAUCUAUGAUAAAGCGAAGUUCACCAGGUUGGACAGAGUGUGUGAAGAAUGCUACCAACUGUACAGAGAAUCUGAAGUGCACACCUCAUGCAGGUCAAACUGUUUCAAGAACGAAUACUUCACGCAGUGCAUUGAUGCUUUAUUGCUAGAGAAAGAUCAAGAAAAACUGUUCUACAUGGUUGAUAAGUUGUUCGGAAGAAGAAGGUGA